AUGAUCCUACCUCGUCACCACCUAGAGCAUUGUCCCAGCACGCAAAUCUAUCACGAUUCCUCCUACCUUGCGGAGAACUAUGCCAUGGCAGCCAUAUCCGUCGUGGCAUUUGCGGCCAGAUACUGUGUACGGCUUCGCAUCUUACCAAUACGAAAUCUGCAAGGCGAUGACUGGAUGGGCAUUGCAGUCUUACUGUUCUUCCUUUAUCUGACAUGCUGCAGGCUGGUAGUAUAUCACCUUGGAAGCAAUACAGAUUAUAAUGUGACGGAAAUUGGGAAACUGAGCGAUUGUCAGAUUGAACGGCUGGUAUUUGGAAGCAAGUUUCAAAUCAGCGCCUGGUAUGCCUACGUCUGCUUCCUUUGGGGGCUGAAAGCCAUGGUCAUUUUCCUGUUCAACCGGCUACCGUUCUUUGAAUAUCAACGACGACUCCUCAAGAUCUUUAGCGUUGUCGUCGCCCUCACCGCGGUCGCUGUCAUUCUCACCAUUUCCUUUGGCUGCAGACCCUUUCACCAAAAUUGGGGCACAAUACCCUACCCACCACUCAGUUGUACAUCCCGAACCCAAAACUUCUACACCACCGCAAUCGCAAACAUCCUCACCGAUGCUGGCUUGCUUCUAAUAGCUAUCCCCAUGCUUUGGAAUCUUCGAGUGCCCCUGAAACGAAAGAUUGCGUUGACUUUGCUGCUCUGCUCCGGGAUCUUCAUCAUCUCCGCGGCGAUUAUUGCCGUCCUGAUGUCGUUGCUGGAUGCCCACUCAACACUCAAUACGAAUCGCUGGGCCACGAGAGAAGAGAUUGCCGGUAUAUUGGCAGUGAAUGCACCGAUGAUUAAGCCAAUGUUUCAUCGAAGUUUCUGGAGGAAGGACUUUAAUCCACACCGCGCUAGGAGGCCGCCGGUUAAAGGCGUGAGAGUUCCGCAUGUGAGUGAGCCGACCUUGGUGGAGGAGAUCACGCGGCCUGCACCGGCAAGAAGAUUAGGAGUACUGAGCUCGGUGAAGAGUGGCCUUCUUGGCAAAAGUUCAAGAGGGACCGCAGAGCGCAGCUCUCGUGGGCAUGGAGCGCAGUCCGAGAGUGGGAAAGAGAUCAAGGAGAUGGAAGAGGCUUGGGAUGUGGGAGAAAGGAAUGGGGGAAUGGUGGCUUAUGCGCCCUAUGCUUCCACAGACGGGCCGGAACUCAUGCUGCCGGAGAGUAUGAGAGGAGACAGUUUUCUAUGGCCAGAAGUGCAAGCUGUUCAUGUGGUUCAGAACGAAAAGGAAGGAGAAGACAAGUCCCGGGGCGUGUAG